ACUGUAUAAUAGAUACUGCUGAUUUCCACUAAAGGUUGUGCUGUUUGUGACUACGGUGCAUGAGCUCUCCAUAUAAUGCAGCUCUGACAUCAUAAGGCUGAUGCUGGUAUGACAGCGUAUGGCUGGACAGAACACCGCAUCUGCCUGCUGUGUGAACAAAGCCUAAAUAAACUCCACUCUAUAGUUUCCCUUCGCUUACCUUCGCCCGUUCCAGGACGGAAGAAGUCCUGGGACAGCCUUUUAUAGUUGAUCAUGGUCCAGGACAGAAACCUGAGGUUAACCAGUUGGGAGAGGACUCCUCUGAGUGUUGGGAUCGCCAGACUGCCAUCAUGGUGCAGAAGCAGAGACCCGAGCCGAGUCAACUGAGAGAUGCUGGCCAGCAGCUGAGAGGCAGGACAGGUGACCCGGCUGAAGUUAAGAUGUCCUCGUCCAACACAAAGUUUUCCGCAGUUACAGGAAGUGCUCGAAAGAUCAGGGACAAUGCAGCCGACUGGCACAACCUGAUGGUAAGGUGGGACAAACUGAACAACGAGGGAUUCCAGUUUGCAACAAACAUCGUCAACAAGAGGAAUUCUCAGAAAGAUCAUCAGCCUUUAGAUGACUUCCCUUCAACUUCAGUAUCUCAGUCAUUUCCUUCUGCUGUGCAGCAGCAGACAGCGGGAGCAGCAGAACUGCAAGUUGAAUGUUCCAAACUGCAGGCUGUUGUUGACCAAAUGGUUGUUAUAGUGGCAAAGAUGGAGCACCUGAUGGCCAUACAGCAAGGAGUCCAGCAUCUAGAGGAGUUUCAGUUUGGAUCUGAAGGAAGAACGUUACCUCUCUGUCAAAGCUGGAGAACCAAAGAGUUUGACUGGGCAGGAGAAAUCAGGCCUGUUCCUUCCACAGAGCUUAUCCAAGUUUCUUCUGUAGAGGAUAUUUGUAGCAAAGAGGAGUCCUCUCAGGUCCUGUUGGCCGCCUUCAGUCAGGAGCUGAAGUUGAAGCAAAUGAUUCUGCAGGAACUUGCUCACACCACCGUCUCUGACCUGCACAUGAUCUAUCUGUCCUGUUGGCUCCACCAGCCUUUCAUCCCCGCCCAGACCAGGUUGACUCUGGAAGCGCUGCUGCUGGAGACUGGCCAUCGCCCACUAUAAAAUCAUCCGUCACUAUCAUCAUCGUGAUCAGCAUCAGGAUCAUCACUCUAUCACAGGUGUCGAACUCCAGUCCUCGAGGGCCGGUGUCCUGAUGUAACUUUUAGGUGUGUCUUUCUGUCAACACACCUGAAUCACAUAUUAGGUCAUUAGCAGGACUCUGUAGAACUUGAGUUCAUAAAGAGGUAAUUAAGUCCUUAGAUUCAGGUGUGUUGGACCUGGGACUCAGGACUCAAAAACCUGCAGGACACUGGCCCUCGAGGACUGGAGUUUGACACCCUGAGUCUACCUCAAUGUAUAGGCCUUGAUAUUGACUGACACCUGCUGGUUUGCUUGAAUACCUGAAACCUGUUUUUAAUUUGUGAAUAUGUAAAUAAUAUUGUUAAAUUACUGCAGUGAAAUAAAUGUUUAACUUUGUUUUUAAA